AUGGCAUCCCACAUUCCAACUUUGCAGCAGAUUUUGGACAGGAAGAGUUUACCUCCUGUUUGCUUGUACAACCUUUAUAUAGUAAUGCGAGAUCGUUUACGAAACGAAGAGAUACUAGAUUUUUAUCUAGAUCUAAAACACCAUGAAGUACUAUGGCGAAAGUACAUACGAUCUCUUGUGAAAGGUGGGAUUCUAGACGAAAGCGAUGUGAAAGAUGGUGUCAAUUCAGUUUCACUUGCGACCAAAGUGCAAAUGUUUGAAAAGAAAAUCACCACCCACGCAACGACCAGCCCACAAUCCAGUGUCAGAGCCAGUGUUAGAGUAACAUCAUCGUUCAUCCGAACGCCCGACAUUUUAAAAGAUCACCAAGAGCAAAUCAUUCAUUUACAUAAGGUGCAGGAAGCAGCAGAACGUAUCACCCAUCGCUAUGUCGUUCAGAGCGCUCACAAGGAGUUAGUCGAGCUACCAUUGAAGCUACGAGUUGACAUUGUGGGUAAUUUACAAGACCAAGGCCGCUACGACCCACUUAUUUUUGCAGAUGCAAAAGCUUGGGCUUUCAAUGCAAUGCAACAUUUCACUUACAACAAGUUCAUUGAUAUCAAAGCCAAUGGCAAUUUAACACAAUGGCAUCAGAUCUUCCGGCUGUGUUUUGGCCUAUCCGUUCUUUUCAUCGCCUUCACAGUGGAGUUGACCAUGUUAUUUCUAGGAUGGCAAGUUUGGGGAUCAAGAACAUGGGUGAGUAAAAUAACGGAACGAAUGACGAAUAUUUAA